AUGGAUAAAGAAGAACUUUUAGAAAAUAAUGAUCAUAAUUUCAAAAUGCAAUUUUCGAAUUACGUGCGCGAAUAUUGUGGAGGAUCUCAUAACAGCUAUACUUUGAAUGCCAUGAAAAGGGAGCGGGUUUUAAAAUGUUUAAAAAAUGUUAAAGACGAACCGAGUGCUAGAUUCCGGUUCUGGGUGCGCUCAAAGGGAUUUCGAAUUGUCCAGUCUCCAGAUGGCGAGGAUAUAUUGGCACUACCACCUAAGGGAAAUGAUCCAAAUGAUGUUAGCCUAUAUUAAUUAGCUUAAUUUACCUGUAAAUUUGAUGUCAUUGGAACAUUUUCACUCCCCUAAACGAUUUGAAAUUUAAAGGAUUUCAAUACGGCGUUACUUAAUCAUUUUAGACCUAGACUAUGACUAGGCUAAUUAGUCGCAAAACUAAAUCUAAUAACACUAAUAAGUACCGGUAAAAAUUUCAUGUUCAUCAAUUAUUUAAUAGUUUAAUAGGGUUUAAGUUUAAGCUUCAUCAUGGGCAAUAAUAUGUAGGGGAUUUAUGCAGAAUAAAGCUGCAUAUUUCAAACUACUUAUUGAAAUAAAAUACAGACAUAUCAAUAUCGUUAAAAAAAUUAGUUCUGUAAGUUUGAAUUGAUUUGAAUGGGCCCUUUUGAGAUUAUUAUAAACCUUGACAUUUUUUAAUUUAAAAAUCUCAAAUGGGCCUAUAUUCUAUAUUGGUCUAAAACUAAAGCAGCUAAAAAAAAUUUCUUUGUUAUAAAAUGUAUCUUAUGUCUGAACUAAGACUAGUAGAGUGAGUUAGUGGGGGAGGUUACCUUUCAAAACUCCUACACUAUUUUCUGACUGAAUUAGAAUUUUUUCCCAUUAUUUGCAUCAAAUCGUUAAUAAAUUAUGAAAUUAACAUCGAUUGUUGUUACCAAGAUCAUUUUUAAGACACAUUUAUAAAUUACUUUAAAGAUAGAAUCCCGAUAAACACCGUAUGACAUGUGCAAACUUUGUUUUGUUUUAUAACAGACUCUUUUCAAGAGAGUUGCAACCAUUGAUGAUUUCUUUGACAUUAUCUAUGCUGCACAUUCAGAAAAUGGUCAUGUGGGACAAUCUCAGACAUUUCGAGCGGUGAGUCUGAAUAGGAUCUAAUGUGUUUAAUCUCUAAUUAUAUUUAAAUUAUUCACAUAUAUUAUCUAAUGCAGUGCUUUCCAAACUGUUUGUCUUGGCACAAUAUUGUUGGCUGUCAACUGUCAGUGUAGGUGUUUUGCAUGAAAAUAAGUCAUACCAACAUUCACUCAUUUUUUUAGACUUAAAAAAACACUGAUAACGUAUUAAAAAAGUAAUGGAUGAAGGUGGAAAUGGUAAAUUGUAUUAAAAUCAAAACUCUUAAUUCAAGACUAUUUUGCUAAUAUUUUUUUAAGUAAUGGGGGGUCAAAAUUUUUAAAAACCUUUAAAAGCUACUCAGAUAAAUUUUUUGGCUCUGAUAGGUCGGUUGCCCUUCUUGGGAUGAUACUUGCAAUUUUGUAAGAUAAAUAAGCCAAUUGAAUUUUGUGAUCUAAUUUAAAUCAAAUUUUUUUUACUGGUGAGCAUGAACUCAAGUGACAUUGCUCCAAGAGAAAGUUCCUCCUUUCCUCCCAAAUAGAUUGGACAUUAUUAAUUUUAAAUCCAAUGAUAUUUCAAUAUGGGCUAUUCAAAAGAUAUUGCUACCAAGCUAGGCCUAGAUCUAUCAAUUUAUAUAGAACCGAUAGUGUUGUCUAAGCCUAUUGGUAUUUAUAUAGCUUACAAUAGAAAAAAAUGAAAUGGGGCCUCUGGCCCCAAAGUUGUGGAUAUUAUGAGUUCUGUAGCCUUCAGUAUUUGAAUAUGGAUAAUCAAGUGUAUGUGUACUAAGUUAGUCAAGAUCUACCCAUUUAUGUUGGAGUAUUCGUUGGUAAUUUUAUUUAUAUAGCUCUUAUAAUGGAAACAAGAAUUAAAAGCCCUGGCCCCAAAUGGAAUGUUACAAAAAGAUCAAAACCACCCAGUAUUUGAUUCUGAAAUGAUGGAUAUUAUUAUCAUUAUUAAUAAUAUUGGUGGUCUCAUAUAGCGCAGUACCCCAGCCCUACCACAGAUUUUCACUUUUUUAUAUAUAUAUAUAUAUAUAUAUAUAUAUAUAUAUAUAUAUAUAUAUAUAUAUAUAUAUUUAUGUGAUAAGAUAUUAUUUAUUAGUUAAAGGUUGAUUCUCAAGCCAAUCAUGGAUUUUCAACUAAAAAUGUUAGCUUCUAAGUUAUAUUUUUUACAAUAAAAAACAUUUUAUUAGGUUAGCAUUAGGUAAGAUUUGACUUGUGGUGUUUCAUUAAAUUUAUUGUCAUCAUUAUGUAACACUUUUUGUCAUUUGUUUUCUUGUACCAGAUUAAAGCCAUGUAUGCCUUGGUGCCUCGAAUUUUAGUCAUCAAAUUUAUUGAGAUGUGCCCACAGUGUUCAAACACACAUUCCUACGCCUCAAGACGACGUAGUACAACAAUUCAAGACAAUACCAUCACUUCGGAUAAAUUGGCAGGGGUAGGUAACAAUGCCACUCAUCUUUUAUUUAUUAGCUACAGGAUCUAUGUAUUCUCAUAGCACAAGUGUUAAGCUCAACAAUUCAUUCCCAUGCCAAACUUGAGAUAAGUCUGUCUGAUUGUAGGUUGUACCAUCACGCCCCUAUGUUAGAUUGUAGGUUGUAUCAGUACACCCCUAUGGGAGUUAAGUUUAUCAGAUUGGAAGUUGUACAUUUACACCCAACUUGAGAUAAUUCUCAUCAGAUUGGAAGUUGUACAUUUACACCCAACUUGAGAUAAUUCUCAUCAGAUUGGCAGUUGUACAUUUACACCCAACUUGAGAUAAUUCUCAUCAGAUUGGAAGUUGUACAUUUACACCCAACUUGAGAUAAUUCUCAUCAGAUUGGAAGUUGUACAUUUACACCCAACUUGAGAUAAUUCUCAUCAGAUUGGCAGUUGUACAUUUAUACCCAACUUGAGAUACUUCUCAUCAGAUUGGCAGUUGUACAUUUACAGACCUGUUUACCCUCAAACCCUUAAAAUCGUACAAUAUCAUCAUAUAAUCGUUCAAUACAUUCUCUUAAUAGAGCAAAAACGUGCUGCAUAUAUAAUGUAUACACCUCAAAAUCGUACAUUGUACGCCAAAAUCGUAAGAGUAAACAGGUCUGCAUUUACACCCAACUUGAGAUAAUUCUCAUCAGAUUGGCAGUUGUACAUUUACACCCAACUUGAGAUAAUUCUCAUCAGAUUGGCAGUUGUACAUUUACACCCAACUUGAGAUAAUUCUCAUCAGAUUGGCAGUUGUAAAAUUAUACCAACAAUUUUGAACUUGUACUAUCAUGCCCUACUUUUAAUUAAAAAUAAUUAAUCUUCAUCUUUCCAUUCCCUAAUUACUUAAAGCACUUAAUAUUCUUUAACUUCUCUGUUGAUUUUAUAGUUACUUUUACAAAUACAUCUAACAAAUUUGAUUUUAACCUCCAUUAUGUCACAGACUCAUAAUCCAUUUGCCAUAGUCAAGCGGGACCCAGAUGACCUUGAAGAAGGAGGUUAUGAUGAAUCAGAGGUAGGUAUACUAUAUGGUAUUAAGCAGUGCUCCACAACCUUUUUUACCUCAUGGCAAACCAAGACCCUUGCCAGAUGUUCACUGCGCACUACAAAAAAAAAAAAUGACAAAAUUUUUAAAAAAAUAUUUAGCACUCAACAGGAGUUUGAUUGCGUCAACAAAUCAGUUGAAAUGUUUGCAUUAGCCUCUGUCUUGACUGAAAGGCUGUGGCUUAGUUUGUGUUGGGUUUGUUGUUAUUUGUUGGUGAUGAAAUGUUACCUCCAACUCCAUAGUGUCAACAAGUUUUAAAUAGCCAGCUAUCAAAACCUAGUCGAAAGUAUUACACGAUACAGUCGUGACACGAACCUGUGCAAAGUCCAAAGCGAACGAGUAAUCUAUAUCUCACGGCUUUAGAAUUAUUUGUCAAGUAACCUUUCAAAUAUAAACAUACAGAUGUGCUAUGGUAUUUGACGUCAAACAUUUGACAGCUUGUUCAUUAUUCAAUAAAUUUUCCUUUUGUCUCAACAAAUAUAAAUCGUCUCCCCUUAAAGGAAUUUUGCAACAAGUUACCUAGCAUCAUCUUGCAGAACAUCGAUUGCGGAGCUCUGAUUUAAAGGGUCAGAGAUUGUAUACCAUAGUUUAUAUAUGCCUAUAGCUCAUGUCUCCUGUAUUUUUGGCCUUCCUCUCUUUUAAUUUUCCCCUGUGGAUUCCAUGUUCAGAAUCAUCUAAUGAUGCUAUCUAGGGAUUUACAAGGUCUUUGUUUUGCACUGCAUUUGUUGCUGGUUGUGGGACAGAAGUACAAGGUCAUCUGCAAAGUCUAGGUCAUUCCAUUGUUCCCGGGGUUGUCCAGUGUACCCUUUCCUCUUUUUUUGGGGGGGAUUCUUUCAUUAUCCAGUCAAUGGCAAGGAUGAAUAGGAAGGGGGACAAGAGACAUCCAUUCUAUCUGACUCCUGUUCAAAGGCAUCUGAGAGUCUAAAAGUUUAUUUAUGAAACUGUUUGCUUAAAAAAUCUUAUUUUUGAUGUAGUAUUUUCCCCUAUUUUAAACACUGUGAUGGAUGGAAAGGAAAUUGCUUACUACAAAUCUUUCAUUUCAUAGAUAAGGAUGUGAAAAGAUAAUCAGUUUAAACAUUAUUUUUGGUUAAUUUUUACAAAAUGGUGUUUAAAUUUAAAUUUUUUUUUUUUUUUGUCAAAUGAAAAAUUUUAAUUUAUUACAACACCAAUAGUAAUUAAAAAGACGAAUGAAAUCCCUUACAAGGAACUGACUCUGUACUAAAAGGACCAAAUAUAUUUCUUUGAUUCUCACUAUCAGUAUUAAUCAGAUAUUUUAGUGAACUGUUAAAGAUUCAUCUAUUUAUAGAAAAGGACACAAGGCAAAAAAUAAAAACAGAAAUUUGACCUGUGCAGCAUGGUGUUUAACAUGGCCAGCUAAUGGUGUUCUAUGAAGCCAAAUAAAACCAGUAAUCAGUUAAAAAUUAGCUUUCUAAAAACAGAUCUUUCAUGUCAUAAAUAUACAGAUGUCAUAGUUUCGCCCCAAUAAAUGGAAGGUUUUUAUUCUGAUGUAAUUCACUAUUUUUUUUAAAAUAUUGUAGGAAGUAUCUUCUAAUCAACAAGAGGUAGCCAAUGCUUUGAAUGAAAUCCUUGCGGGGAAGAUUUCCAGUGGAGAGAUUGAGACAGUUGUACACAUUGAACCAGACGAAUCAACUUCAGGGACUAUUGUCCUGUUUCCUUGUCACUUGUGCAAAGAAGUUUUUAACAAAAAGAAAGCCCUUCAGAAACACAUUCGAUCUCACCAGGACUUUCGACCUGCAGUGGUAAUGAGUUAAAUAAUAUAGUGCCAAUAACUUCAUGGGAAAUCAACUAAAAACUGUUAGCUUUGAUAGGACUUUACGACUAGUCAUUUUAACAAACUUUUAGGGGAAAAAAUAAUUUAAAAACAUUUCUGCCAUCCUUAACCAAAACAUUUAAUUUUUAAGGGAAUAUAUUCAAAUUUUAAUUUUUAAAAAUUUCAAAUAGCUUUUUAAAAACCCAUCAAUCUUGUCUUCUUAAGGGGUAACUCUUGCUCUACACCAGGCUACCUAUAUCUCAGAGCAACAGAAAGAUUGAAAGAAUGUAAAGGUCUGUAUCAGUGGAAAACAGUUUGUCUUGGUUAUGUAUGGCGGAAUGUUUAGAAGUAAACCACUCCAUCUAAAAGAAAAAAAGGAAGUCUCAGCCUAUUUAUCUAGGACAAUGCCCUGUUUCAGCCACUUCAGAAAGCUUCUCCAGCUUUCAAAAAACGCAAAUUCAAUGUUGGGUUUCAAACUGUGUACCCUGUGUCAAAGACUCGGAGAUCUGGGACCACAAGGCGACGUGUUAUCCUCGAUGUUGAUUCUAGCCCAACAGCAGCACAGGUUGGUCCCAGCAAUGUGUUCAUUUUUUAAAUCCAAUCAUAGCAAUACCAGUAAUAUAGUUCUGUCCUGUCUUUCUAAUGAUGCUCAAUCUUAUGCAAGCAACACAUUAUUUUUUAUUUAAUUUUUAUUUUAAAAAUGAUAUGACUUUGUUUUAUAAUAAAUAUCUUAGCAAGUAAAUAUAAUUAGGAUUUUUAGAAUGUACAUAUCUGGUGCCCAAACACAUUCAAAAGUGGCAAAAAGACAAAAUGUUUAAAACCAUGAUUUACUGUAAUACAUGAGUGUUAAUAAUUUCUAACCAUUUUUACUUGAAUGAAAAUUAAUAUUGGUAUUUUAUUGAGCACUCAUGACUAUAUUACUCCCUUGCAAGUAGGUGCAGUUGUUUAGGGAAAUAAUCACCGGUAGUCAAUAAUGUUAUAAAAAUUACAAUGUACAUCCUGUACAGUAAAAAAAUAACCAAAUUUCCUUACUCAGAUACAGUAUGCCCCAAUAGUAACCGAACUGAAACUGCCGCAUCUUGAAGACAUUUACAUGUAUUAGUCAAUGGUGCAAAGCUCCAGCUGCCACAUGUUCCAUAAGGUGUCAAGGAAGUUGUGUUAGGCAGCUGCUGUUGAAAAUGGAUCUCUACCGAUGAAAAAAAUUUCAUGGUUGAGCACCAUUUUAGCUGAUACGGAACUGGUCGUGAAGAGGACCGGUGUUUGAAGAAGCAAAGUGUUUUAUAUUUGGGAACUUACCAAGUCCUUUAAAUCCCCUCUGAGAAUCUUGUCAUCCUGCAAGUCUCUUGCAGAUGGUGAGUUUGUAAAUGGGGACAGAACAAUUCCCUUGAGAGAUUUAAUGAGAUGGCACCAAAUAGCUUAAGUAACUUGGUUAUGCUGUCUAUUUUUAAGUAAUCUUGCUGUUCUGGAAUUGUACUGUCUCAACGGAAGGGUAAGACUGGUGGACAGUAAUUCUUUCAACAAAUGAAAAUCGCGCACAUGCUCUGCAGAUUCUACAUUAGCCCCCACAAAGUCGAUUACAAAAAUCAUUGAAACUGAACAUAAGAAUUCCCUGUUUGUGUAAGGACAUAGGUGCAUUUUCGUACUGGAUAAAGUUUGUACAACACUUGCCCAAGCAAGAUUGGGAGCCUGGGUGAUGUAUUGUGAAGAAUUUUUAGCCAUGUGUAUGAGGAUCCAUAUAUUUUUUGGAAUUUGUGGUUCUCAGACAAAUAUCAGAUGGCUACAUCAAUCUUCAGACAACUCGCUACCUUGGUUUUGAACCACCAGAUGUUAUUUUACGCUACACCUUGUACAUAAGAGUGUGUUCAUCUCUGAAUAUUCACGAAGAACUGUGCUGCAUUAUGCAAGGAAAUAAUCUCCUUUAGCUAGAGUCUGCCGCAAACAUUGUUCAGUGAUGUUUGAAAAUCUACAUCAGCGUUUCCCAAACUUUUAAGUUUGACGGACCGGGGGACAAGUUUCAAAACUGCACCAGGGACUGGUGCCAGAUUUAUUAAUUACAUUUUCUUUCUAUUUAAACAUCAAUAUUCAUGCUCUCUGGACCGGUAACGUAAGGCUCGUGGACCGGUGCCGGUCCUCGGACCACCGUUUGGAGAACGCUGAUCUUCAUGAUCGAUGUAAACACUGUCUACAGUAAGGCAGCGCAUACUAUGAACAUUUAGAUUAUGCAGACCAGAUAAAUCAACAAAGCUAAUAUCGUGUAUGUUAGUAUCUUCUAGAAGAAAUGAAUUGACAGAUGACAAGGACAUAUAUUUUUUUUUAAAGUACUGUUGAUUUUUGAUGCAUGUUGUAUUUAAAUUUAACAUCUGCCAUUUAAUUUUUUUUAUUUUCCUUAUUUACAUUUUUUUCUCUAAAACUAAAAAUUUAGUUUUAUUGUAAUGUGAAAAAGUAAAUUUUCGUACCAUUAAAUGUAUACUAUAUUUUCUGUGUCUAACUUAGGCUAUAGUGUUGGCUGCCUCCAGACCUGACAUUGAGCUCAUGGCUAUAAAUUGUGUGGCUGGCCGGGUCUCUGUACUCAAUGCUUGUGAGAAUGCGCUGAGGGUGCUCCGGGCUUGUGGUAGAGACGAUGUGAGAAUCAUUUUUUUAUAAGUCAUUAAAUAGAUGGUGUCACUUUUAAUCUAAUGGAAGUUCAGUAAUACCUAAUCAAAUUGUAAGUUCUGCUCUUGGGGUAUUUUUAAAGUAUUUUUCUCUUUAGUCAUGUUUCAUUUAGGUGUUGCAUUCAGUUGCUUAUAUUUUGUGUAAUGCUACAGGGACUGAUAGAAAGGUUCUCUUAUGUGGUCCUGUAUGGAUGACACAUGUCCAAGACAUAGUUUUAAAAUUGUUAAGUGGAGUACCAAAUGCAAAUGGUUUCAAUAUUUCAACACAACUGUUUUAAUAGAAUGUGUUUUAAAUUUGUGUAGAAAAUAAUUACCCACUUUUAAUUUUAAACAAUGCAGAAAGCUGGUUUUUAUUAAUCUUUGUUUAAUUUUUAAAAAAUUGUUCUUGAUUUUCAGAUCAAUGUGUGCAGGGGGGCUGAGAAGUCAUUGCUGGGUCUGACUGGGAAAGAAGAGAAUCUUCCUGGCUCAGCCUGGUCACGGAAAGUAGAAGGUCACGUACAAGCAGAACAUUCAGUGUCAUCACUCAUCCGCUACGUCAAUGAAAACCCAGGUUAUAUUUACAAUCAUAACUUAUCUAUAUGGUAAUGUUUGACAAUCUUGUUAUCUUUACUAUCGCAACUCCCCUUUAUGACAGUGUUUGACAACCUUUCUUUUAAUUUACUUGAUCUACUACAAAGAGCAAUGGAUUUUACUUAACGGAACUAUAAUUUAAGAAUCAGUAUACCCAGCAUUGACUUUUCAGCCCUCCAGCACACACUGAUCUGAACAACAAGAAAGUAUUGUAAAAUGUAAACAAAUAUUAUCAAAUACCAUUAAUUAGUUGACAAAGGGUGGUUGCAAAAAAAUUCCCCCAAAAAUUGCUCUAUAACAUAAGCUUUUAUAGAUGCCAUCAUUAUAAUUCUGUAGUGAAAUGAAUUCUAAUGGUAGGUGUAUGUGGAUAACUCGUAUGAGUUUAUCACCUGUUCAUGUCUAGGGGCUUUAUGUUUGAUCAAAUUCACUCACUAAGGGACAUAAUUAUCAUAUUACCAUAUACCUGCAUAUCAAAAGAAUCCAUAACAAAAUUUCAUGACAUUUAAAUGCACUUAUUUAGUUACAUGAAUUUUACAACACUUCAAAGAGGUCAUAAUAGUUAAGAAUAGGAGAUACCUUUGCAUAUAGUUUAUAUCUAAGUUAUGCCUAACAUUUAUCAUAAUAAUCAAUUGCUUUGUAACAGAAUUUUAUAUGAUCAGACCAUAAAACUUAACUUUAUCAAAGUAGAAUUGUUUUGAUGAUCUGGCUUGAUCAAUUUGGAAGGUCACUUCAACGUUGGAACUGGUUUCUCCAGUCCUUUCCUUUGUGGCUUCUCAGGGCAGGAAUGAAAAUGGAAGUCACAGUAGUAUGUUGUGGAAUAGCUUUCCCCUUGUACAUUGUGAUAUGUGGACUUCCCAGUGGUGUGUCGUGGGUGUAGAGUCCUAUCAGCGCGUGGUCGAAUCAAUGCAGACUUGUUCCUCUGGAUGGGUACUGGGUGGAGUUCUUGGAAUUCCGGCCUCAGGGAAAUGAUCCUCAAUCCAGCUGCUAAGGUGCUGUGAUUUCUGGUGAUAUACAUGAUGGCAACCAGGCUAUAUGUGAAAUAAUGCAAGAAAAGGGAAGGUAGCAACUUUGCCAAUAGUCAUAAGCUGACAGAUCCCUUUCCAAGAACAAAUUCAGAUCGAGGCAUUGAAGGGGAAAGGGGCUUUGAACACAUCCAAUCGAUAACCUUAUUAGUCUGCGCAAGCAUGUACAGCUAGUGUCAACAUGGGGCAAAGAAUCUUCUCAAACUUAAUCACACAAUAAAUUAUAAAAUAAGUCAGGUAUUAAUACACUUUAUCCCAAAAAGUUGGGUUGGAUAACAAAUAUCUAAUAGCUACAUCACCAUCCUAAAGAUUGGGCUACAUCACCAUCCUAAAGAUUGGAUGAAGUCUUUAAAUAAAUUAAUGUCAAAAUGGCCAACACUUGUCCCAUGUUGGAGACGCAUGGCGAACAUAGAGUUAAAUGUAAAAACACAAUCAAUUAUACAUAUUCAUUCGAAUGAGAAUGAUCAUACAUUAAAAUGAAUAAACAAACUUUAAAUGCAAUGGUGAUAAAUGUAUCCAAGUAAAAAGGAGUGGAAGAGAAAUGCCUGAACAACUCGCUAGGUUAGAAUUUGCCGGCUUCAGACCUAUGAAGUAACAAUGUGGUCACGACGGCGUGAAGGUCUAGAAAAGAACAAUUCUUAAUUCUACCACGAUAUAUGUAGUUAGUUUAAUAUCAUUGGUCAUUGGCUCAUUUCAACCAUUUGCUAAACAAUACCAAUGAAGUAAAUCUUUAGAAGCGUGGUCAAAAUUUUUGAGACGGUGCAAUGCUGUCAGUGAGUUGUGCACAAUGAUAUCAGGGAGAACAACUCAUACUAAACAAUAAAAAAAUGGGGAGGGCGUUUUAGUAUAUCACUGUAUUGGAAUUUAAUUGUCCAGCUAGAUUUCAUCACAUAUUCAACAAAUAAGCAUGAACUAAAAUGUCAAUUUGACUGCAUUAGAAUUUAUGUAACACCUUAAUGAGUGCAAUAAAAAUAAGUGGAUCAAACUGAAACAAAAAAUGUAAAAACAUUUGUAAUUUAUACUUAGACUUUUUUGUGUACCCAACAGUAUCAUUCUUCUCAUCUAUUGGUCUUUAGAUAACUAAAUUUAAAUGUUAAAAUUACAAUCAGUAGGAUGAUGAAAACUUAUCUAUUAUUAACUUUGCUUUUGUUCGUGGGUGGCUGGCUGCGUGGCAAAAUCUUUGAUGGCUAAUUGACCCACUUCCCACCAACUUAUAGAGCUUAAACUUGACCCAUAGACCUAUUGCAGAUGACAAAAUAUUCUUUCAAAAUUUCAACCCCACCACCUAACCCCCCAAAAUUAGUUUUUCAAGGGGAACAUGGUGGAAAAUUCCUGAUAACUGUGCUAAAUGAGAUUCUUUUUAAAAAAAAAAACCCAAGUGUGUUUUGAUCGUAAUAUUUUCUUUUGUUUCUCUGAAAUAGUUUGGUGAAAUAAAUUUGCGGCGUAAAAAGUGGGUGGGUCAUUAGAAUAAUAUUAUAAUAAUAUAGUUCAGGGGUGUCAGAAAAAUGUGUGGUUGCGAGCGGAGGAGGGGGGGGGCACAUUAAUUGGGAUUUUUAUCAAGUGCCUUACUUGUAUGUGUGCUUUGUCAAAUAUUAGCCCCUUUCACGACAUUAAAUUUUAUAAAGGAUUUAUAUGAAAAACUUUGUUUUUAAGGGUUGUUUAAUUUUAGAUCAAAUGCCUGAAGUAAAAUUAAAUCUGAAUAACUCAAGAAUUUUUAAGCACCACUAGAAAAAUGUGCACAUCUAUCUCUGUAUUUCUGUAUAUAUGUGUUGCUAGCAUAUCUAUGUAUUACUGUAUCUAUGUGAUGCUAGCGUAUUUCUGUAUCUAUUUAAAGCACAUCUGCAUAUGUAAUUCUUUAUCUAUAUAUAUGGAGGUAACACAUCUAUGUAAUUCUGUAUCUAAGUGGAACUAGCACAUCUAUUUAAUUAUGUAUUUUAAUUGGAGCUAGCACAUCUAUUUAUGUAAUUCUGUAUCUUAGUGGAGCUAGCACAUCUAAGUAAUUCUGUAUUUAAGUGAAGCUAGCACAUCUAUUUAUGUUAUUCUGUAAGUGGAGCUAGCACAUUUAUCUAUGUAUAUCUGUUAAUAUGUGGUGCUGAUAUAAUUUCAUUGUUGACAUGUUUCCAAUAUUUUAUAUAAUUGUUACAGGGGAGAUAACACUGAUAUGUCUUGGGCCUUUAACAAAUUUGGCCCUGGCACUGAGACUUGAUCCUCUGGUAGCUAAUCACUUAAAAGAGCUCUUCAUUGUUGGAGGAAACAUAGAAGGUUAGUAUUACCUGAGUUCAUAUUUUACUUAUGAUGGUGGGACACAUUAGGAUGAAAUCAUUGUUAAAUAAUAUGAAAUUAAUAACUAAGAAAAAGAAUAAUUUAUUGUACAAUUAAAAUGUUUUUAAAAAAAUGUGUAAUGUUUUAUAAAGUGUUCUCAAAGGUUUUUUUUUUCCUUUAAGGUCAAGGUGACAUAUCAACAUGUGCUGAACAAAACUUCCUGUUUGACCCAGAAGCUGCUUAUAUUGUUUUGCAAGAAAUAAAAAAUGCCUUUAUUUUACCCUAUGAAAUAAGUCAGCGCCACAGCAUUCCUUUUGUAAGUUCUUUGAGCAAUUUUUAACACUUAAAGUGACACCAAAACCACAGAAACCUAUAUAUAACAUAAGCUUUCAUCAGGGGGUGGGGGGGGGGGGAAUUGAGCAAUUUUUAACACUUAAAGUGACACCAAAACCACAGAAACCUAUAUAUAACAUAAGCUUUCAUCAGGGGGUGGGGGGGGGGGAAUGAUGAUAAAAAACAACUUUCUCAACCAAUGACAAAGAUACCUAAGGAUCACUGAUAAUUGUUUCUUAGAUAGCACAGUCUGACUAAGUGAAAAUAAAGCAUGGUGAAGAUGAUACAAAAGUUUCUUAGGGUAACUGUAGUCCCUCAUAUCAACCCUUUAACUGUCAAGGACAAUUUUUAUGUAGAGUCAAGCCAUUUUUUGGAAUUUUCAUAUGCUUUUUAAAAAUGACAAAAUCCCAGACUAAAUGAAUUGAGAGACCCUUAAAACUAUACAUUUUCUGAAAGUUCAUUGGACAGGGUUAUCUUAUAGUAUGAAAUAAAUGUGUUUGUAUGUAAAUAUGUUGAUUAUUGACCUUGACCUUUACAGAGUGAGUAAAAGUUUAGACUAGUACUCAGCUUUUGAAUUCACCCAAAAAAACAAACUAUCAUAAAAUCAAAUUUUUGAGAUACUAGAAGCAAUUUUCUUUCAGAAAAUGUCAAGUUGUAGUUAUUUGUUUUGACAAUUAUAAUAUUGAUGAUUUUUUUCCAUUCACUGCCUUCACAUUUCUGCCAUGCAUAGUAGACGACAUGAAAUGAGUUUGAAAAUUCCUUUUCAGUUAAAGUUGUUACAUUAAUUUUUUUAAUUAAUUAAUGCUCCAGAUACACAAGCAUAAACGUCUUUGGGGCAGAUCUUUGGGAUCCAAUCUCUGUUCUUUUUCUGUUUGAUUUCCAACCUUUCCCAAACAAAUUUGUCUGUAAAAGUUUGAAUAAGUUUAGGCCUAAAAUUGUCAAUAUCUGACUCUUAUUUCGCCAUCACCUGCUAGAGCUAAAACUGUCAUUACUAGCACUUGGAAUAUCUCUGAAGUAAUUGUUUUCAUUUUAAUCUAUUUUAAACAAAGAAAUUCUGUUUGAUUUUGCAAUCUAGAGGGGGACCCGGCAUUUGACAUUACGGCGGUAAAAAAAAAAAUGUGUGAAAAUUUGGUACACCCAAUUAAUCACACAAAAAAUUCCUGAUAAAAGCACUUGAAUACACAGAUAGUAAUGGAAAUAGGAAGAAAACUCAAUUAUGCAGAGCUCUUUCCCCAUAACCAAUAUGCGUUAUAUCAUUUCGCAAUUUUGAUGACGAUUUUGCUAGUGGAUGAUUAUAUCAUCCAUGACAUCACAGAAAGGGGUAUAACAGCAGAUGAUCUGCCAUUAUGACAGUUAUAGGGUUAACACAAUGCAGAAUAAACUGUUAACAUAUAUUAACAAUAUUAACUCACUCCCACUAGCUAUGUUGAUUAAAAAGUACCGCACCUAACAAUUUAUUUGUUCUCCAUAGUUACAUCCUUGUGUCUGUAUUUCAGAGAAACUAUGUGCUCUGGCUCAACACAGGGACAGAAAUGAGCACAUUCCUCAUUGAAUGCUUCACUCAUGAAGACCUGGACCAACUGGAAAAAACCGGGAUGGUCAGUCCAGAGGUAUUUGCCGUUGCCACAGUGAUUGACUCUACAAUAAUCUUGGAAAAGGAAAAAGUGUAUGCAACAGUUGAGCUGAAGGGAGAGCACUCUAGGGGACUGAUGGUGGUAGACAGGAGGGGUUACCUCAAUAAGCCAGCCAACGUUUGCGUUGUCAAAAACAUGGACUUGGGUAAAACGCAAGCUUUGUUUGGUUCAGUAUUCAGUGCAGUGGAUAUAUUCGAGUCCCCGCUGCCGAUAUCAUUGGCGGGGACUCAAAAGGAUCAUCACAUCCCCAUUCUCUUUAAGGAAACGCGAUUGAAUGUGGUCUAAAUGUUUUUUAAUUAGGUUGAAAACUUUGAUCUGAGUGCAUGCAGGAAAUGAACCAAAUGAAGGGAGUAUGCUGGCUUACUGACAACGUCAAACUGUCGAGUCAAAAUGUGGAAAGGCCAUUAAUUUUUUAAAGCCUGAACAGAUUAAAGAUGGCAGCCAUUGGUUAUACCCGUACCAUAAUUUUGUGGAGUCUCCUCCUACCAAUCAAUAAUAAUAUCAGUUGUACCGGUAAUAUACUUAUUACGGUGUUGAUGAAAGGUAUUCAAGAAAUGUACCGACAGCUGUGUCCUGAUUAGAUCUAAAGGUAUUUGUGAAUGUAAAGACUGCAGCUUUGGUGAAAGGUAUAGAAAAGGAACUGUUCAAUUAUUGUAUUAUUCUCAAAUCAAGAAAAUUGUGAUGUCAAAUUGACCUUGCGUUCACGAUUCACAGGGUUUAAAAGGAUUAUUUGAUUUUAAUAUUGUUGUUAAUAAAUUGAGUUUCUUAAAUUGUAAAUUUGAAUCAUAUGGUAAUAAAAACAAAAAUGUGAG